AUGGCGGAGACUAGCUUAACCAAGAAGGAGGCUAUGAAAGAGAAUGAAUCUGAGAGUACUUGUCCUGACAUGAAACUUAGAGUUCCUGUGAGCAAAUCAUUUUCAAGCUUCAAUUUCAUGACUAUAAUCAACCUAAGUUAUACCAACCUAGAGAAUGAAGGUGCUAUAGCUCUAGUAAACGCUCUCGAGAACUCUGCUCCAUCUCUUAAAGCUAUAGAAGUGGCUGGAAACAACAUAACCUAUGAGGCGGCUCCAGAUAUCUCAGCUUGUUUGGCAGCAAAGAGGCAUCUCAAAAGGUUGAACCUGUCGAAUAAUGACCUUAAAGAUGAGGGAUGUUUUGAGAUUGCUUAUAUUAUGGAACCUUUGGAGGUGAAAUACGUUGAUAUGAGCAAUAAUAACCUGACCAGAGAAGGAGCAUUGAGCUUGGCUCUUGUUGCUGUCAAGAAAGAAGGUUUCGAGAUGUUGAACAUUGAUGGGAACACGAUUUCAUUUGAAGGCAUAGAGGAAAUUAUGGAGAUAUUCAAGAAUUGUCCUAAGUUGCUUGGACCGUUUGAUGAGAAUGACCCUUAUGAAGGUGAUGAAGAUGAUGUGGAUGAUGAUGAUGAUGAUCAAGAGUGGGAAAGUGAGAGUCUUCAUGAAGAUUUUGAAGAUGAAUUUGUGAGUGUGUUUUACUUUUAUUAGUUUGUAAUGUACUAAAUAGAGAUUUGGGAUUAUGUUAUCUCAAAUUCAAACGCUAAGGUAUAUUACAUUUUAGAAUGGCAUAAGUUACAUUUGCAAGGAGAACAUCUAAACGCUUUCUAAAACACACACACAGACAGGUAGAAUAAGAGACCAAACUCAACUCCGUUCUCAAGUUAUCCUUCUCAGUGUGUUAAAAUCCCAAAAUGGUGCUUUGCGCUGUUCCACUUGUAAUCUUGGUUCUGUGUAGAAGUGUAUGCCCAUUCAGGGACUUCUUGCUCUUGCAUCAGACGUGUUCUGUAACUCUCUUACCUUCGCCUCUCCUCAUCCAUUCUCUCAAACAUCCAAAACUCAUCUUCACUACGUGCGGCAAGCCGGUUUAUCUCUCUCUCAUUAGGGACCUCAUUCUCGAGUGAGCUUGUUCCUUUGCGCAUGGGCUCUUCAAGCAUCUCUCUUCUGUCUUGUGCUGUUAUUAUAAUCACAAAGCACACAUCAAGAGACUCAUACCAUUGCGAUAUUACAGAAGAAACUCUACAAAUUAAUACUCAAAUGUAUCAUCACAGCUCAAACAAACGUUGCAUAAUAACAAAGAUCACGGGGAUGAUACUUUGAGCCCAUUAAAGCUCGAGUAAGCAUUUUCCUUGCAAGUCUUCACCUCUCGUGGAAGGUAACUCUGCUAUAAACAAACACAAGACACCACCAACAUCAGUUCAGAAAAAAUAGUUCAAAAUGGUUUUCAAGUAAGGGAAACUACAACUUGUGAU